CAAUGUGAUAAGAGCAAUUUUGGAAAUACACAAUGAGUACAGCUGCAGAAAGAAAAUUUAUUAACAUUCGAAAAAGAUUGGAUCAGUUGGGAUAUCGACAGCCUUUGAGCAUUGACUGUUUACCCUUGGUGGAAAAACUUUUCAGUGACCUUGUUCAUACAACAGAGAGUCUUCGGAAAGCAAAACUAUUUGCUGGAAAAGCUGAAAAGGAAACUACCAAUUUUGAUUAUGUUUUGGAACCUUAUAAAAAUGAAAAUGCUAAAUUGAUCAGGGAAAAUAAUGAACUACACCUGGAUUUAUUGAGGACAAAAGAACAAUCAGAAAUAAGUAUAAAAGAUUUGAAAGUCAAAUUAAGAAAAGUUGAGAGUGAGAUGGCUGAUUUGAAGUUUCUCAAUAACCAGUAUGUUCAUAAAUUCAAAAUGUUGGAAAAAGAGAGCAAAGCCAAGAAUGAAAAAAUCCAGCAGCUCCAAGAAAAGAACCUCCAAGCUGUGGUACAAACUCCAGGUGGUAGGAAGAGAGGUAUUCCUUUUAGGCGGCAGCGUAUGCAGAUUGAUCAGCCUGUACCUCCAUCUGGAAUCAGUGCGUAUCCAGUUCCUCAGCCAAAUGAUCCCUAUAUUGCAGACCUCCUGCAGGUGGCAGAUAAUAGAAUCUUUGAGCUUCAAGAAGAAGUAUGUCACUUACAGGGCAAGUUAGCUGUUGUUGAAAACGCAUUGGAUAAUUCUUGCAAACAGAUUGAACUAAGAGAUCGGGAAAUAGAACGCCUAUCAGUUGCACUUGAUGGUGGUCGCUCACAUGAUGUUCUGUCUCUGGAGUCCAGAAAUCAGAGUAAUGAGAAGCUCAUUACUCACUUGAAUAUUCAGAUUGAUUUUCUUCAGCAAACAAAUAGAGACCUGGAGAAUCGUAUUCAAGAACUCUUGGACAGCAAGAAGACUGUAACCACUGAGGUUCUGACUUUAAGUAACAAAAAUGAAACACUCUCUCGUAGAUUGAAUGAAAUAGAUCAUAUUGCACAUCAGAUGGAAAAGCGUAGAGAAGAAAUUCUUGAGAGUACAGAUAAACAACUUGUGGAAGCUGAGCUAGAAAUUAAAAGACUUCAAUGUGAAAUGCGGGCCCAUGAAGAAACAAUAGCAAAACUUAAAAUGGAAUUAAGUUUAUGCCAUAAAGAAAAGGCACGAUUGACAGAUGAAGUAGUUUUAAAAACAGAUCUUGAAACAAUUAUCAAUCAGAUUGAACAUGAAAAAAAUAGACUUGCCCGAAAAGUUGAAAGCUUUGCAAGUAUAGAAAAAGAACUCGUCCUGGAAUUGGAAAGAAUGAAGAAAGAACAUGGUAUAACUCAUAGGAAAAAAUCAUCUUCUCGAUUAGAUAUAUUUGUCAAGAGUGUAGAAGAAGAACGGGAUCAUUAUAAGAAAGAGCUAGAAAGACUGCAAAAGAUAAUAAAACAUCGAUCCAUAUCUACACGAAGUUCAAGAUGUGAAAGAAGUUUAAGUAUUAGAAGUCCAGAAAAGGGUACUUACAUUUCAGAACUCAACAUGAUCACAAAAGAAAGAGAUGAACUUCAAUCUCUGCUGGAUAGAUUUGAAAACCACAUGGGGGAAAUACAGUGCAAUGUGAAACUAUUAACUGCAGAAAGAGACAAACUGAGUGACCUAUAUAAUAAAGCACAGCAUGAUUUAUCUACACUAAGAAAGGAAACAACACAUUCUCUGCCAUCCCAAGAUAUUCUUUGUCUUAUGGAAAAAGAGAAAGAGUCUGCAUUAUCUGACUUGAGACUAAUGAUUGUAGAAAAGGAAGCUUUAAGAGAAAAGUUAAAGAAUAUACAAGAAUUGGCUAUUGUGGGGAAAACAGAAAUGGAAAAAAAUAUGGAAGAUCUGGAAAACAUUAAUUACGAGCUUGAAACUGAAAGAUGUGAUUUGAAGUCUAAAGUAUCAAUGAUGAAGGAGACAAUAGAGUCACUGGAGAAUAAAUUGAAACUCCAAUAUCAUAAACUUAUCCAUGUUGCUGAUGACUCAUCCCAACAGAAAACAGCAUUGAACUCACUGAAGAUAAUAAAUGAGCAGUUGCAGAGAGCUGUUGAUGAUUGUCAGCACCGAUUUGCAAUUAAAAGUGAAGAACUUCAAGCAGCCCAAAUGCAAAUAGCAUCCCUAGAGGAAAAAAUAAAUAGGCUAACCUGUAAGAUAACUUCACAAGAUGAUGAACUAGUUGCACUUAAAAAUACUAUUUGUGUUAUUGAUAAGGAGAAAGACUACCUUCAGGAAGUCGUAGAUGAAAAGACAGAAAAAAUCGCUAGCUCAGAAGAUAACAUUGCAACUAAGGAAAAAACUAUUUCCCAUUUGCAAGUAACAUUAUCAGAUGUGGAGUCAACAAUAGGACGACUACAGGACUUAAUAAAUAAUCGAGAACGUGAGCUCACCAGUGUCCAGCGCCAGCUUGAUGAAAACCAAAUAGAAAUUGCUGAAUUAGAAAGAGCAAGGGACAUAGCUCUGAAGGAAAACAGACGAUUACAAGAUGACUUGGCUACAAUGACCAGAGAAAACCAGGCUAUUUCACUGGAAUUGGAACAAGCAAUUUGUGAAAAAGAAGAAAUGAAAAACAGAGUUCAUAAUUAUAUAACAGAAGUUUCCAGAUGUGAAAGCCUGAUGGCUGCAAAGGAACAAGAAAAUCAAGAUUUAUUAGGUAAAUUCCAAAUGCUCCAUAGUCGAGCUGAAGACUUAGAGAUAAAAGCCCAUCAUGCUGAAGGAGAAAGUAGCUCAAUACGGCUUGAGCUCCUUUCGGUUGAUACAGAUAGGAGACAUCUUCGAGAGAGAGUGGAUCUUCUAGAAAAAGAAAUUCAAGAGCACAUAAAUGCUCACCAUGCUUAUGAAUCUCAAAUAUCCUCAAUGACAAAAACCUUGUCUAAAUUAGAAGAAAAGCUCAGAUGUGAACAUGAUGAAAAAGCCUCAAUUUUAAGUGACUUGUCAUCUCUGAGAGAACUCUGCAUUAAACUUGAUUCAAGCAAAGAAUUCAUUGCGCGUCAGUUGGCCUCCAAAAACAUAGAAUAUGAGAGGGUCUUAGAAGAAGUAGAAACUGCAAAAACAGAAGCAGAGCUAUUAAAAAAACAAUUGUCAAGUGAGAGAAUUACAGUUGACAAUCUUGAAACACUGUUGGCUACCAACAGAGACAAAGAAUUUCAAUCUCAUAUAACUUCACAUGAAAAAGAUUCAGAAAUUCUUCGACUUAAAGACUUGUUAGCCCUUUCAGAGAGCAAACUAUCCAGUCACAUACGAGAAACUAAUGCACUUCGAGCUAAAAUUGCACAAUUUCAGUCAGACCAUGAGGUUUUAAAAAGACAACUUACAACUGAGCAGUUUGAACGAGAACGGGCAAUCCAGGAGAUGCGGCGACAUGGUAUUGCUUCAACUUUGUGGACCUCUUCUCCAUGUAGAUCUCCUUCACGUACGUCUCCUUCACGUACUUCUCCUUCACUUACAUCUCCUUCGCGAACAUCUCCUUCACGCUCCUCUCCUUCACGUUCAUCUCCUUCACAUAGAUCUCCUUCUCGUAAAUCUUCAAAUUCACCUGAUCACUCACACCUGAGAUAAGUAACAGAAAGAGUUGUUGUCUUCAAAAACUAGGCCAUAUGGAUCUUUUAAAACAGAGCAGCACUGGAAAUAUUAAGUGCUUUUGAAGUACUUAUUCCUGAAAAUCAUGAAGGUUGACAUGGAUUCUACCUCUGUCAAGUUUUCUUUAAAUCAGUGAAUAUUUAUGUAGAGAUAGAUUUUGUGUGUGUGUUUUUUUCAUAUGCUUGUAUACAUUUUCAUUGCUAUGAUGACAGAAUAUGUAUUAGUUUUAAUAACUGAUAGAGUACUUAUUUUUAAUCACUUUCUUUUCACUAUCUUUAAAUCAACUACUACCUAAAAUUUAUUUAUGCUGUGAAUAAUAUGUAAGAAUAUACAUAUUUUGUUUUGAUUACUGUUUUUGUAAAUCCUUUAAUAUAAAUAUGUAUGCAUAUAAUACUUCUUUUAAAUGUGUUUGCAUUUUUCUUAAAUGUAUAUAAUUCUCAAUUUGCACAUAUUUGUGAAGAGUUGUCAGCCUUAAUGCUUUGCCAUCACCCCUAAUUUUUUUUCUUCAAAUGUAAUAAUUUGUGAAUUUUUGCAACCUAUCACUGGAAUAGGGUGAUGAUAGAUUUAUUCAGAUCUUUUGUAGUGACCAGAGUCUGUGUGAAGUAAUAUUUUUGUAUUACCAAUGAGAAGUAUUAUAUAUAUUUAUGUAUUAUUUAUAUUAUAACAUUUUAUACUAACAUGUGAACAUUUUUUAAUAAUACAGAUCUUUCCAAAAUGAAUCUAAAAGGCUUUCUUCUAAAUGAACUUUCAUAAAAAGAAUCUUGAAAAUUUGUCAAAUGACAUUUUUCAGGGAAUAAACCAGAAAUCUUUAAGACUUAAAAAAAAAUCUACAAGAAAAAUAUAGGCAAGUAGUUUAAAAUUCCCUCAUACUUAUAACAUGGCUUAUCAUUUUUCUUCAAUUUAUUUAAUGUUUUCAAAGAGUUUAGGCAUGUGCAAAUAGUAACAAAAAGAAUUAAAAAUAACUUCAAUUACUAUAAUAGCAAAAAAAAAAAAAAAGCCAUGCAAAUUGAAAAAAGCAGGUAAUUUUAUUGCAGUAAAACAGCAAAAUUUAGCAUAGAAAAUGAUAGUAGAACUUAGCCAAUUAUUUGGACAUAUUCUACUUCCACUGUAGUUUGAAUAAAUAAAAUUUUUUUCAUAGUGCUUGUUAUUUUUUAAAAAUUACCUUUGUAAUAAUUAUUGUGGACAUAUGCAUGAGCGGUAUGGCUUGUUUUUCCACUUUAUUUGAUAAAGUAGUUGUUUAUUUGCCAUUUUAGUAAUGUGAAAUCUUGGAUUGUUGCAAAAUAGUACUGUUCACAGUGCAAUGGGCAAAAUAUUUAAAUACAAAUUGAACAUAGAAUAAGAGAAAUGAUGGUUUUUGUUCCCAUUUUUCUACCCCUCAAUGUAACAAUAAGAAAUUUUUGUUAGCCAUUUAAAAACUGUCUUCAAUUGUAGUUCUUAUUUUUAUUUAUAUUUUUAACAGUAAUUUUCAUUUUCAUAACCAUGACAUCAUAAGUGGAAGAAACAAUAUUAUUUUGUCUUUUAAAGUACAAUGUAUUCUGAUCCUUAAUAUUAUUUUAAAUUAUGUAAUUUGUUGCAGAUAUUUGAAAAAAGAUGUUUCUUUGCUUAUUUUACUUUAUUUGUAACAUUUAUGAACCUGAUAUCAUUUAUAAUAUUCUUACUAAAAUAUCAACAGAUCUGUCAAAACAUGAAUAGGCCACAAGUCAAAUAUACUAAAUUAGUUCCAUAACAUUUGUAAAUGAUCAGAGAGCAAAUGUAAGACUACUUUGCUUGAUUUUUGUUUUUAUUUGUUUGUUUUGUGAAAGCCAUUCAAAAAUAUACAAAUAAAUGAUUUCUAAGCA